CCAGGCGACGGACAACAAGGGACCGCUGUUGAAGGUUGCUUACGUUAGGUAGUUGUCGGCAUGGCAGAUUGUCGUUUUAACUUUAGGCUGAUAUGAUCGUGUAGUUAAAGUCCUCGUUGUAUCCUUGUCUAUGUUUAUGGAUUUCACGCAUCUGCAAAGUGACUUUCAGGUAACGUUGGAAAAAUGCCGUUGCACGGUAAGAUUGUCGUGAUUAAGCGGAGUGGAGGAGAUGGGACUGAAUUUCCUCUGACUGCAGCAUGUUUAUUUGGAAGGAAGCCUGACUGUGAUAUUCGUAUUCAGCUUCCUCAAGUCUCCAAGGAGCACUGCCGGAUUGACUUGAAUGAGAAUAAAGAGGUCAUUUUGACCAAUUUAAGCUCAGCAAAUCCAACGCUUGUCAAUGGCGAGGUUUUGCAGCAGUCUGAGCGCUUGAAGCAUGGAGAUGUUAUAACCAUUAUCGACCGUUCUUUCAGGUUUGAGUAUCCUCCGGCACAAACGCCAAAGAAGAGGUCUGCCAUUGGAGGCAAACCUGAAACCCUCAAGGUUCUUCAAGACCAGCAAGUGGGUGACACCCCUAUUGUGGAAAAAGGAGAAAAGAGAUUCUCUGAAGUGUCAUCAGAUACUUGUCUUAAAGAUGGAGCCAGCCAUGACAAUAUUCAGCGUUCCUUGGAGAAAACCGGAGAGUUGGAGUCCAAGGCAGAUGAUAGCCUGCUACAAGGCAAGAGCAACUCCCCCUUCAGCGACCUGUAUCAAAUGAUCAAAAAAUCUCUGGAUGUCAAGACCCCUCGGAAAUCUUGUGCCAGUCAGCUUGCAACGCCUUCCUCAAAGGUCGCCUCUCCAAAACCCAAUUCGGUCAGAAAAGGUAGUGCCAUUUUCACUGAGAGAAAAAGCACUCCUAAGAAAAGUGAAGUUCUAGCUGGACCUGGAAGUACAAACGGGGGAACCCCAGCGUCUGUGAGGAAGCAAGCGAAGGUUCCAGCUGCUGAGACAGCUGAACCCAGAGCAGAAAAGGCUGAAAAUGGCAGCGUGAUUGAAACGGCUUCACCUCGGAAAAGAAAUGGCGCAACUCCUCAGAAGUUUACUGUAAAUGAGGUUAUUGAGCAAAUUACAGCUGAAACACCCAAGUCGCCUGCGAGGAGGAGGAGUAAGGAAAUGUCACCUGGCAAAACUCCAGUGACCAAGAACCAAGAAGAAAAAACAAAGGCAUCACCCAGGAAUUCAGCUGGAAAAGGAAAAGAAGUGUCCAAAAAACGCAAGAGUGGAGAACUCGGAGAAGACGUGCCCAAACAGCAAGCGAAGAGGAAACGCGUUUCCUUUGGAGGUUACCUGAGCCCAGAGCUGUUUGACAAACGGUUGCCUCCUGACUCUCCAUUACGCAAGGGGGCUACCCCACGGAGGAGCUUGUCUCUCUUGAGACCCAAGCAGUCACUGCUUAGACGAGCAUCCGUCAUCGGCUUGCUAAACGUAAGAAUGGGCAGUUUAAAGUCCCCGUCUCCUGCAAAGUCGCCCAAGUCCAGGUCCCCGUCUCCCGCGGAGAAGUCGCCCAAGUCCAGGUCCCCGUCUCCCGCGAAGAAGUCGCCCAAGUCACCCAAGUCCAGGUCCCCGUCUCCCGCGAAGAAGUCGCCCAAGUCACCCAAGUCCAGGUCCCCGUCCCCGUCUCCCAAAGCAGCUUCUCCUGCCAAUAAAUCACCCAAAUCUAGAUCUGCUUCUCCUAAAGCAACCGCGAAUAAAUCGCCAAAAUCCAAGAGCCCAUCUCCUGCAAGAGGAAGAUCUCCUUCUAAAGUGGAAACUCUUAAAACCAAUGAACAGCAGAAAACUCAACGCAGGGCUUCAGCCCCAGGGCAGAUUCCCCACGAGCAAGUUCCUGCUGGAAAAAGAAGGGCAACUGUGGGUUUGCCUGGUACUUCUCUGGAAAGUGUCCCUACUAUCGUCCUUACACCAGCUAAAACUCCCACUAAUUCAGGAGUUCAGACCCCCACAGUCAAGGGGCGAUUUUCUGUGUCACAAAUUAGUACACCCUCUCCAAUAGCUGAAGCCGACAAGGUCACUGACCAGGUUCUUUUGCCCACCGUCACCCCUAAAACACACAAGGGAAGGAAAAGCACCUCGCAGAAGACUCCAGGUGCUGCGAAGAGUGCAGUAAAGAUGCACAGAAGAAGUGGCAUUUCAAGAGCAUCUAUAAAAGUCUCCAAUCCUUGGGCGCACAUUGUGAAAUUUGGUCAACCUAAGGCUCAAGUUGUUGCUCCACUUAAAAAAACCAUUGGCCAAAAGCCUAAGAAGAAAGCAGUACCCAAACCACAGACACCUGCCAGAAAUCUGAAGGGCUACGUGAGCACUGGACAUGCAGACUCGCCCGCCACCAUUGUUGUUGGUAGAGCACACAGACAGACUGUUGUGCAGCCAACUGGUGCUGCACCAAGAGUGGUCACCAAUGUUGCACUCUUCAAAAAGAACAUGAAAAUGGAUGAAGACUUGACUGGUAUUUCUGAAAUGUUUAAAACUCCUGUAAACGAAAGGAAGCGGAAGUCUUUAAUCGAUGAUAACAGCGUCACAAAGACACCAGCAGGAGGUCAGAGCGCAUCUGUGAUGGAGCCAUCAGUGCUGAGCACACCAGAGGAACCAGGUGAGAUGAUAGUAUCUCCGCUGAGUGUUACAUCUGCAGUAAAAGGCAGAAGAUACAACAAUGAGGCAGUCCAACGCCUCCUUGAUGAAGAUCAAGACGCCACCUUCAUCGGGCAGAUUCAGUCAGAGUCAAGUGAACGGCAGAAUGCAGAUUUGCAGGCGUCCACUGUAACAACUCCCAAACUGAGGCCAGAAUUACCAGAUUCUCUGACUGGAGUUAAGAGGAUCAUGAAGACGCCAAAACAGAAGGCUGAGCCUGUUGAAGAUUUGAGAGGGAAGCUGUUGAAAACUCCAAAACAGAAGCCUGAAAAACAGGAGUGCCUCACUGGAGUCAAGAGGAUCAUGAAGACUCCGAGACAGAAAGCCGAACCUUUAGAGGACAUCAGAGGGAAUCUUCUGAAGACUCCCAAACAGAAGCCUGAACAGCAAGAGUGCUUCACUGGGGUUAAGAGAAUAUUUAGAACUCCAAAGGAGAAGGCUGAACCGCUUGAAGACCUUCAAGGGAAGAUUCUGAAGACCCCCGAAGUCCCAGAAGCUGGUGAUGCCAGUUUGGGUGGUGGUAAGGAGCUUCUGCAAACGCCAGCACAGUUGCAAGAAUCUGACGCAAAAGGCAUGAAAACUCCAAAAAGCUCUCCAGUGGUUCACCUCACUGGAGUCAAGAGAGUGAUGAAGACACCUGUGGAGAAAGGUGCUCCUGUCGAAGAUGUGGUUGGCGUGAAGAGGCUCAUGAGAACUCCCAGACAGAAAGGCGAACCUGUUGAGGCGAAUUUCGGGCUCAAGAGACUCAUGAAGUCGCCAAGGCUGAGGGGUAAUGCUCCAGUGGAGGACUUCGAGGGACUUCAAGAACUUAUGGAGGAGCCACUGACUGAGCCCACAGUACAACCAGAGGCAAAGGAGCAGGGCGAAGCUCAGAUGUCUCUCGACAGCAGUGCAAACGUGGUAAAAGAUGCCAUGGAAACGGUCUCUCAGGCAGAUGCAGUACUUCUUGAGGAAGCUGAGGUGAAGACUGCUGUGAAUGCAGAUCCUGCCCAUGAGAAGAAAUCUGUACGAGGCAGAAGGGCAAAAACGGUGGAAUCUAAAGCAGCUGAGGAUAAACAGGAAGAGCCUGUAAUCCCUGCUCCAUCCAGAGGAAGAAGAGGAAAGAAAACUGAAGCUACAGCACCACCUGCUGUUAGACAGACAAGAGGCAGAAAUGCAAAGACAGCUGUUGAGCUGUCAGCAGAAGAGAAUCACCUUCCUUCUCCCAAAGCUGCUCCUAAGCCAAAAAGGGGUAGAAGUGCACAGCAGUCUUCUGAUGAGCCUGAAGUUGCUGCUGAAGCUGAGCGUGUUCAGAGCCAGCCACUUGAUGUUGAGGAGAAAGCAAAUGAAAGUGCUGUGCCCAAGCGAGGAAGAAGAGCUAAGCAACCCAAAAAGUCACAGCAACGAAAUGCAACUGAGGAUGUUCCCCAAGAUACACCAGAUGCAAAUGUAGCCUGCAGUGACCAGCCUGAGGUGUUGCCAGGCGGAGCUGAUGAAAACAAACCUGAUGCCAUGGAAACUGUUGUCCAAGCACGUCAAGCUGAAAGCUUACUUCACGUGCAGACACCAGCUUCAGUUCAGAAGAAAUCUGUCCGAGGCAGAAGAGCAAAACAGGCCGAAUCUGAAGAACUUGAAGAUAAAAAAGAGGCAGCUGAAAUUGCUGAAGAUCCCAUUGUGCCUACUCCAGCGAGAGGAGAAAGAAGAGGGAAGAAAAUGGAAGCUGUAGCGCCACCUGCAGCUAGACACACAAAAAGAGGCAGAAAUGCAAAGUCUCAGGAGAGCACCUCUGAGACCUCCGCUGAUGCCAGUGCCCAAGCGUCUCUGAUAAACACCAGUCUGUCUGCACUCCAGACAGAAGAAGCUGUUAAGCCAGUCAGAGGGAGGAGAACAAAACAAACACCUGUUAAGCCAGCUCAACCAGAGCCUGAAACGGUUGAAACAGCAAGUGGGGAACAGAGCCAAGUGGAAAACUCUGAGCCUCAGAAGACCACUCUUCCGACUGCUGGAAAACCACGAAGAGGGAGAAAGGCAAGACAGGAUACCGCUGAACAGAAUGAGGUGACAGAAGAGGUGGUCAAGCAGGCAGCAGUGGAGACGAAUGAGCAGUCUCAGCCUCCAGCCAGAGUAAAGAGGGGCAGAAAUGCCAAACAGGAUGAAGAAAAGAUGAAUGAGCCUGCUAAAAAAAUAAAACUAACAAGAAAGUCUGAGGAGGCCCAAACGGAAUUAACAGAAGCCCAAACUGUUGAAAUGGUCAUUUCAGAAACAACAGAACCAGCCCAGAUAAGCGAACAGGCCAGUGUGGCCACGAAACCCAGAAGAGGAGGGCGGAAAGCAAAACAAGACACAGAGAGUGUGGAAUCCAUUGAGGUCCAAGAGGUCCCUGUUCUCAGCACAGAAAAUAAACCCAAACGAGGCAGGAGGGGAAAACCAGCUGCCGAAGAAACUAAAGCCACUGCCGAAAGUCCUGAACACAAGCCGAAGGCUGAGGAGGCGAAAACUGCUGAGCCACUUUCCUCGUCUAUGAAAACUAGCAGGUCAAGGGGAGUGAGGGCUUCUGCUAAAGCCCUCACUUCACAAGCCAUUCCAGCCAAGAGAGCCCGCAGAGGUACAACGGUUUCUCCUGAGGAGGUCAGCACAGAAUCCACAGUUUUGGUUUCCGAGCCUGCUCCCACGUCAGUGGAACCAGCAAGAAAGGGAAGACGGGGAGCAUUCAAGUCCACAACAGAAGAGCCUACGACGACUACUGAUCAGAAGAAUCCUGAAGCUGUUGAGAGCAACGCAAAGAUGCCCAAAAGAUGCGUUAAGUGGAAAUCACACUUGGAAGUCUUUGAGAUUCCAAAGGCGACACCUGUAAAAGCAGCGCGAGGUAAGAAGUCUAAAGCUGCAGACCAAGUCAACAGUGAAAGCAAAAAUGUGUCAAAUGAUGCCAACAAAACUGAAGAGGAGGAUCUCUCAGAUAAAGCUGUUGACAGUAGACCUGUUAAGAGAGUCGGACGAGGGGCGAAGACUGCUGCCAAAGUGGAACCUGCAAACAACCCAGAGAAAAAGGUUGAAGCCAAAACGCAGCCUAAAACCCGCAGAGGAAGAUCAGCAAACAAAUAGAUGUAUUUGUACACAUCAGUACCUUUUUAACGAUAAUCUAUUUUUGUACUUGUGGCUUUUUUUUUCUCUCUCUCUUUUUUUUUUUUUUUUUUAAGAUUGUAAUGCUUUGUAGUCCAUAGUUUUAUAGUGAAAAAGCUUUGCCUGAGUUCAGCAGGGAAUCUUUGUUUUUAAUCAUUUGGUGUCAAGCUGUAUUAUUCUUCACUGAUUCUGCAAAUACUUUAUGGUUCAAAAAAUUGGUUA